CGCGGCCGUUGGCGGAGGAGCCGCGGGCGCCAUUAGCGCCGCCUCGGCCGCGCCGGCCCCAGCGCCCGCCCGCCGGGCUCCCGCGGCCCCGAAGGGAGUCAGUACCAAAUGAGGAGGAAAGGACGAUGCCAUCGAGGCGCUGCAGCAAGGCUCCCGUCCUCCCCGCGCAGCACUAAGCAGUCCCCGGCACGCGAGAGCCUGACGUACGCGCAGGCGCAGAGGAUGGUGGAGAUCGAGAUCGAGGGGCGCCUGCACAGGAUCAGCAUCUUCGACCCCCUGGAGGUCAUCCUGGAGGACGACCUCACUGCCCAGGAGAUGAGCGAGUGCAACAGCAACAAGGAGAACAGUGAGCGGCCGCCCGUGUGCCUGAGGGCGAAGCGCCACAAGAACAACCGUGUCAGGAAGAAGAGCGAGGCCGCCCCCAGCGCCCACGGCGCCCCAGCCUCCGCCAGCGUGCUCCCCGAGCCCAGGGUGCGUGUGCUGGAGUACAGCCCCCCGGCCGCCCCCCGCCGGCCGCCCGCCUACUACAAGUUCGUGGAGAAGUCGGCGGAGGAGCUGGACGGCGAGGUGGAGUACGACAUGGACGAGGAGGAUUACGCGUGGCUGGAGCUGGUCAACGAGAGGCGCCGGGCCGAGUGCGUGCCCGCCGUGUCGCAGGCCGUGUUCGAGCUCCUCAUGGACCGCUUUGAGAAGGAGUCGCACUGUGAGACGCAGAAGCAGGGCGAGCAGCAGUCGCUGAUCGACGAGGACGCCGUGUGCUGCAUCUGCAUGGACGGCGAGUGCCAGAACAGCAACGCCAUCCUCUUCUGCGACAUGUGCAACCUGGCUGUGCACCAGGAGUGCUACGGGGUGCCCUACAUCCCCGAGGGCCAGUGGCUGUGCCGCCACUGCCUGCAGUCCCGCGCGCGGCCUGCCGACUGUGUGCUGUGCCCCAACAAGGGCGGUGCCUUCAAAAAGACCGACGACGACCGCUGGGGCCACGUGGUGUGUGCCCUGUGGAUCCCAGAGGUGGGCUUCGCCAACACGGUGUUCAUUGAGCCCAUCGAUGGCGUGCGGAACAUCCCCCCCGCCCGCUGGAGACUGACGUGCUACCUCUGCAAGCAGAAGGGCGUGGGUGCCUGCAUUCAGUGCCACAAGGCGAACUGCUACACGGCCUUCCACGUCACGUGCGCCCAGAAGGCCGGCCUCUACAUGAAGAUGGAGCCCGUGAAGGAACUGGCUGGCGGUGCCACCACUUUCUCCGUCAGAAAGACCGCUUACUGUGAUGUGCACACGCCCCCGGGCUGUACCCGGCGGCCUCUGAACAUUUACGGGGAUGUUGAGAUGAAAAACGGCGUGUGUCGAAAAGAGAGCUCGGUCAAAACGGUCAGAUCCACGUCCAAGGUCAGGAAGAAAGCCAAAAAGGCUAAGAAGACGCUGAGCGAGCCUUGUGCAGCCCUGCCACCCGUGUGUGCUCCGUAUAUUCCCCCUCAGAGAUUGAAUAGGAUUGCGAACCAGGUGGCCGUGCCGCGGAAGAAGCAGUUCGUCGAGAGAGCCCACAGCUACUGGCUGCUCAAAAGGCUGUCCAGAAAUGGCGCUCCCCUGCUGAGGCGACUCCAGUCCAGCCUGCAGUCCCAGAGAAGCUCGCAGCAGAGAGAGAACGACGAGGAGAUUCGUGCCGCCAAGGAGAAGCUGAAGUACUGGCAGCGGCUGCGGCACGACCUGGAGAGGGCGCGCCUGCUGAUUGAGCUCCUGCGCAAACGCGAGAAGCUCAAGCGGGAGCAGGUAAAGGUGGAGCAGAUGGCGCUGGAGCUGCGGCUGACCCCGCUCACGGUGCUGCUGCGCUCGGUCCUCGACCAGCUGCAGGACAAGGACCCGGCCCGCAUAUUCGCCCAGCCGGUGAGCCUGACGGAGGUGCCGGACUACCUGGACCACAUCAAGCAGCCGAUGGACUUCGCCACCAUGAGGAAGCGGCUGGAAGCUCAGGGUUACAGGAGCCUCCCUGAGUUUGAGGAGGAUUUCGAACUCAUCGUGGACAACUGCAUGAGGUACAACGCCAAGGACACGGUGUUCUACCGCGCGGCCGUGCGGCUGCGGGACCAAGGCGGCGUCGUCCUGAGGCAGGCCCGGCGCCAGGUGGACAGCAUCGGCUUUGAGGAGGCCUCCGGUGUGCACCUGCCCGAGCGGCCGGCGGCGGCCCCGCGGCGGCCUUUCUCCUGGGAGGACGUGGACAGGUUGCUGGACCCGGCCAGCAGGGCCCACAUGGGACUGGAGGAGCAGCUGCGGGAGCUGCUGGACAAGCUGGACCUCACGUGCGCCAUGAAGUCCAGCGGGUCGAGGAGCAAACGGGCCAAGCUGCUGAAGAAGGAGAUUGCACUCGUGCGGAGCAAGCUGAGCCAGCGGCACAGCCCGGCCCCGGCCGCGGACUCAGGUAUUGGAGGCUUGCAAGAGGAAGGUGCUCAGCUGGGGCCGGAGACGGGGGACGAAGGAGAUAAAUCUCCCCCUAAACUUGAACCAUCAGAUGCAUUACCUCUUCCUUCAAACUCGGAGCCUAAUUCAGAACCACCAACCCUCAGACCAGUAGAACUCAACCCAGAGCAGAGUAAACUAUUCAAAAGAGUCACAUUUGGUAAUGGGGCACAUAGCGCUGGCGCUCAGAGCGCGCUGGUAAUCGGACACCCUGCACAGCCCACCCGCGCCCGCGCGGGCGACGCGCCGGCGGCGGCCUCCGCGGGGGCGGAGCCUUCGAGCGAUGUAAACAGACGCACCUCUGUUCUCUUCUGCAAAUCGAAAAGUGUAAGCCCCCCAAAGUCUGCCAAGAACACUGAAACCCAGCCAACUUCUCCUCAGCUAGGGACCAAAACCUUUUUGUCUGUAGUCCUUCCGAGGUUGGAGACUCUUCUGCAGCCAAGAAAAAGGUCGCGGAGCACCUGCGGAGACUCCGAGGUGGAGGAGGGGUCCCCCGGAAAGCGCCUGGACACAGGUCUCACCAAUGGCUUUGGGGGUGUGAGCAGCGAGCAGGAGCUGGACGGCGCCCCAGGCCGGAAGGCCACCCCCCGGCGUCGCUGUGUCUCCGAGUCCAGUAUCUGCUCCAUCAGCAGCCCUCUCUGUGACACCAGCUUUAGUGCUCCCAAGUGUGGCCGCGGCAAGCCUGCCCUGGUGCGCAGGCACACGCUGGAGGACCGCAGCGAGCUCAUCUCCUGCAUCGAGAGCGGGAACUACGCCAAGGCGGCCCGGAUCGCGGCUGAAGUGGGUCAGAACAGCAUGUGGAUUUCGGCCGACGCUGCGGCCUCCGUCCUGGAGCCCCUGAGAGUGGUCUGGGCCAAGUGCAGCGGCUACCCUUCGUACCCCGCCUUGAUUAUUGACCCGAAGAUGCCACGUGUGCCUGGCCACCACAAUGGGGUCACCAUCCCAGCCCCGCCGCUGGAUGUGCUGAAGGUCGGCGAGCACAUGCAGACCAAGGCCGAUGAGAAGCUGUUCCUCGUCCUGUUCUUCGACAACAAGAGGAGCUGGCAGUGGCUCCCUAAGUCCAAGAUGGUUCCCCUUGGCGUUGACGAGACGAUAGACAAGCUGAAGAUGAUGGAGGGACGGAACUCGAGCAUCCGCAAGGCCGUGAGGGUCGCCUUCGACCGCGCCAUGAGCCAUCUGAGCCGCGUGCACGGCGAGCCGGCCAGUGACCUCAGUGACAUCGACUGAGGCCUGCACGCGGCCCAUGCGUGUGCGUACGCUGUACAUGUCUGUAUAUUGUCAGAACCUAACUUAUUCUGGUUUCAGGCGCGGCUCUCUUAAUUCUUUUCCCCAGGAUGGGGAGGUUUUGUUUCCAAGUUUCUACGAAACCCUCCCCGCUGGGGCGCUCUGGAUGGCGGUGCGUCUUCCAGACAUGACUGUGUUCCUCACAGGUCACACCCGAGGGUGCUGCUUGCGUCACUUUCUUUGAUCCGUAGCUUUUUUUUAAAAGACUUUUGAAUGUUUAAUAAUUUUGUAAAUCAGACUCUUUACACAGAGUACCACUUAUUUAAUAAGACGGGAUGUAAAUUUACAAUGACAAAUGUGUAUUUUAAGAAAGAAAAUGACAUUAUUUUGAAUGGUACUUUGUGGAAAGAGGUGGAGAAUAAAUUUAUGCCGUUUGCAUCGCCUGCAAAUCACCAAAAACACUCCGCCCCCCCGGAAGCCGGUGGGCGUGUCCUCGGGUGUUGCUGUCCUGUCCCGGCCACCGGCUGCCCACGGGGUGCCUGUCAGCGGGUUAUUUAUUGUAGAAAGUGUAUCCACUUGCUUUAUAAUGAAAAAUAAAUUUGAAAAAGUAUAUUGAUAUGCAUUUUUAUACAGGCACAUAAAAGUUCCACUUGCUUUGGGAGCGGGGUAUGUGGGUCGUGUAAAUGACUCGGGCUGUGUGUUCUUUGAUUUUGUAAGUUGUCAUCUUUUGUUUACAACGGGGGCUUUUCUGUAACUUGUUUUAAUUUAGAACUUUGGUAGCAAUAGAAACUUUGGAUACGUUUUUGUAUGGUACAUGUGAUGUAUAUAGAAUUAGUACUUUAUUUUUAUUUUUAAGAGGUAAAGCAUUAUGUUAGGGGAAAAGGUAGGGUGGGUUUCCAAAAUUGCAUUUUUUAUAUUAAAAAAUAAAGUCAAGAUUUGGA